CUCGCCCCCCUCUCGAGCCCCAUUCCUGAUUCCUCAGUCUCCUACAUACUAUCUUUAUUUCUCCCCAAAUUACAACCCUAGCCUCCAUCGUGCCGCCGUUGAUUUCACCGUCGCCGCUUGGUUCGUCGUGGUCGUUCGCCAAUCCUCCUGUUUCGUCGUGCUCGAAGGCCCUUCCAUUCCCCCAACGUCAGCGUCUCCAGGUCCUUCUCCGCCGUCGUCUGUCUGUCGUGUUCAUUGCCAGCUCCCCGUCGCCAGUGUUCGUCUCCAGCUUCCCGUCGUCCGUCGCUCUCCCUCAAAUCUCUGGUCACUUCCCUCGCCGAAGGCAUGCACUUGGUGGCUUUGAUGGAAGCACAAUGGUGUCGACCAUUGAAGUGUUUGAUCCUCGUCGCGAAUCAUGGAUAGCCGGGGAACCCAUGAAUCAUUCUCGUCGUGAAGCACAAUAUGGUGUCUACUAACCCUUUUUUUUAAUUAUAUAGGCAUCUUUAACCAAUUCUCCCAAGUCCAUAAGUGAGCUACCACCAGUUCCCCCUUCUUCUAGGGUAACUGCUUUGUCUACAGGUUUAUUGAUGACUGCAGCUAUGUUUUAGGGUCAUAUACGAAACUGAAUUUGCAGAAGACCAGGCAGUUGUUUAUGCUUCUAAAUGGUUUUUUAGUGUUACUCCUGACCAUGAUUAUAUAAAGUAUCCCGUAAUCAGACAUGAAUUUGUUGAAUACAGUCCCGUCAUCAGCGCCUCCAUGCCCUUCUCUACCUUUGCGCACCCACUCCAACCUGUCCAAGUCACUCCAAUUCUCAUAUCCGAAACCAUCCAAAUUCACAUCUUACGGAGCAAGGCUCUGUGAGCUCUUUGAUUUGCACCAAGAGCAAGUCCCUUAUGAAGUGGCAUGGUCUUGGCAGAAAGACAUUGUGAAGGAAAAGAAGGCUCAGCUUGAGAACAAAGGAGAUUGCAGUGACACCCUUAUUGUUCUGCAGCACCCUUCUGUGUAUACAUUGGGUACUGGCAGUACCAAGGACAACCUAAAUUUCAACAUCAACAAUGCACCCUUUAAUGUUUAUCGUACUGAGCGAGGUGGUGAAGUUACAUACCAUGGUCCUGGCCAGCUAGUUCUGUACCCUAUUAUCAAUCUAAGAAGACACAAGAUGGAUCUACAUUGGUACCUCAGGACACUGGAAGAGCUUGUCAUUCGUGUUCUUUCUUCGACAUUUUCCAUUCAAGCUUCUCGAGUGGAAGGUUUAACUGGUGUCUGGGUUGGAAAUGAGAAAGUUGCAGCUGUCGGUAUAAGAGUGUCUCAUUGGAUAACAUACCAUGGCUUAGCACUUAAUGUCACAACAGAUUUGACUCCCUUCAAAUGGAUCAUCCCAUGUGGCAUACGCAACCGCGAGGUUGGAAGCAUUAAAGGGUUGUUACUGAGAGAAGCUCAGUCAUCAAAUAUGGCUGCUAAUGGAACAAAUGAUCUGCAUUCUAUUAUGCAUGAUGAUGGCGGUCUAAUUGGUAUUACUCGCAACUCCUUGAUUGAAGAGUUUUCAAAAGUGUUUCAGCUUGAGUACCAUCACAGAACUAUUUCUGUACCUAUGUUGUAUGAAAGGAAUCAAAGUGAUCUUGUUACUGAAACACAGCAAAGUUGA